AUGGACCCCAACGGCAAUCGCUUGCAUCUCAACUUUGGCAACAAUGACCGCCUCCCAGUAAACGACCGAGCAUACCCCACGACACCAUCGACAUUCCCCCAGCCCGUCUUCCCACCGCCCAACGCACAGCAACCCCAAGGCGGCCUUCAGCCGCAACAACAGCAGUAUGCUGGCGGAUACGCUCCUCAGGGAUACUUUGCCCAGCCUGGUGCCGCCUAUCCUGCCGGUUAUCCUGCCCAGGCCGUGAACAACGACUAUGCUCAUGCUCAGAAUGGCUACUACCAGGCAAGGUCAAAUACUCCCGGCACCAAUGAUCCCAAUGUCGGCCUAGCCAACCAGUUCUCCCACCAGAAUCUCGGUGGUGCCGCACGAGUUGCUCCUCGCGGUCCCUCUCCGUCGCAACGCCCACGAACUGCUGGUAGCCAACCCGGCGGCUACACCAACUAUUCCAAUGUCAAUGCGCCGCCUAUGCCUACGCAAAGUUCGUCUGCCGUGAACGAGUUUCAAGCUGCUCCCGAGAGGAACCCAGACCGCUAUGGGACCAACGCCAACAGCAACCAGAAGAAGUGCUCACAGUUGGCUACCGACUUCUUCAAGGACAGCGUCAAGCGGGCUCGUGAGCGCAAUCAAAGGCAAAGCGAGCUGGAGCAAAAGCUUCAAGACCCCUCACAGAGUGCCACUAGGAAAGAGCAGCUGUGGUCGACUGCUGGCCGCAAGGAGGGACAGUAUCUGCGAUUCCUGCGAACCAAGGAUAAGCCUGAAAAUUACAAUACCGUCAAGAUCAUUGGCAAGGGUGCCUUUGGUGAAGUCAAGCUGGUGCAGAAGAAGGGAGACGGCAAGGUGUAUGCCAUGAAGUCCUUGAUCAAGACGGAAAUGUUCAAAAAGGACCAGCUCGCUCACGUGCGAUCCGAGCGUGACAUCCUGGCUGAGUCUGAUAGCCCCUGGGUUGUCAAGCUCUACACCACAUUCCAGGACGCGUACUUUUUGUACAUGCUCAUGGAGUUCUUGCCUGGUGGUGAUCUGAUGACUAUGCUUAUCAAGUAUGAGAUUUUCUCAGAAGACAUCACUCGAUUCUAUAUAGCCGAAAUUGUUCUUGCUAUCGAGGCAGUUCACAAACUUGGCUUCAUUCAUCGUGAUAUCAAGCCUGACAACAUUCUGCUCGAUCGGGGUGGUCACGUCAAGCUGACUGACUUUGGUCUUUCCACGGGCUUCCACCGAUUACAUGACAACAACUAUUACCAGCAGCUUUUGCAAGGACGAUCCAAUCGUCCCCGUGACAGAAACUCUGUAGCCAUUGACCAGAUCAACCUUACCGUCAGCAAUCGAUCGCAAAUCAACGACUGGAGACGGUCGCGAAGGCUCAUGGCUUACUCGACUGUUGGCACACCCGAUUACAUCGCCCCCGAGAUUUUCACAGGCCAUGGAUACUCAUUCGACUGCGAUUGGUGGUCAUUGGGUACCAUCAUGUUCGAGUGUCUGGUUGGCUGGCCGCCGUUCUGCGCUGAAGAUAGCCAUGACACCUACCGUAAGAUUGUCAACUGGAGGCAGACUCUGUACUUCCCAGAUGACAUCACACUGGGCGUGGAAGCCGAAAACUUGAUCCGAAGCAUGGUUUGCAACACUGAAAACCGUCUCGGACGCGGGGGUGCCCAUGAAAUCAAGAACCACGCCUUCUUCCGUGGUGUCGAAUUCGACAGUCUUCGUCGUAUCCGAGCGCCGUUUGAGCCUCGUCUGACAUCCAACAUUGACACCACAUACUUCCCCACCGACGAGAUUGACCAGACGGACAACGCUACCGUCCUCAAGGCGCAGGCAUUGCAACAGGGCCGCCAGAUUGAAGAAUCGCCGGAAAUGAGCCUGCCUUUCAUCGGAUACACCUUUAAGCGAUUCGAUAACAACUUUCGAUAG